AUGGUCGGUCGUGACGAAACGGGUGAGAUCAAAGCAUUACAUUCUAAGGAAGCACAGAUGCGUAUGCAAAAGUUUGUGAUAGGGGAAAUAGACAGAAGAUGGGAGAACUUCUUGCCUCCAAUACAUGGGGGAGUCUUCAAGACGCUUGAGUCGAAGCACGAGGAUGGCUAA